GCACCUCCUCCUGAAGCUGCUGCGCACCGACCAGCGCCUCGCCGCGCAGGACCUGGGACCUGCCGGUUCCUCCGAAGGCGCCUCGGAGGCGUGGGCUGCCGCCGAGAGGCUGCGGCUGGACGCCGAGGGCGCGCGAGCGAGCGCGUGCAAGGCAUUCCACAGGGCCCGCGAGGCGGAGGGCGAGGCGAAGGAAGCGGCGCGCAGGGCCGCGAAGGAGGAGGAGGAGGAGCAGGAAAAGAAGAAAGACAAGGAGCGCGAGACCGAGCGGCACCGCGCGGCGGCGGAGGAGGAGAGGCGCGGGGCGGCGGAGGGGGAGGAGCAGCUCGCGGCGGAGCGGCGCCAAGAGGAGGAGCGGCGCGUGGCGGAGGAGAUGAAGCGGCAGGCGGUGGAGGAGAUGGAGCGGCGGCGCGCGGCGGACCGGCGCCGCGAGGAAGAGCGGCGCGCCGCGGAGGAGAUGAAGCGGCAGGCAGCGGAGGAGAUGGAACGGCGGCGCCGCAAAGAGGAGCGGCGCGCGGUGGAGGAGCGGGGCGCGGCGAUGGAACGCCAGGCGGCGGAGCAGGAGGAGCGACGGCGGAGGGCGGCCCAGGACGCCUUGAGGGAGGCGGCUGCUCAGAGCGACAUGGAGAAGAUAACCGCCGCGAUCCAAGAGGGCCGGGCCUCGGGACUGGCAGACGGCGACGCUGACAUGAAGGCCGCCAGAAGGAGAGGGCAUGACUUGAUGGUGUCUGCUAUCGACGCUGGAAUCAAGGCGCAGAGGGAGAAGAGUAAUCAGGCCUGGGGGGCGCUCGAGGCGGCCGUCCUCGACGCCGACCCCGGCGCGCUCCGCGAGGCGGUGGCGCACGCGCGUCGCUUCGGUGUUGACAGGCAGGCCAUCGCCAUCGCCGAGCAGAAGAUCGAGGCCGAGGCCUGGGAGGCGCUCGAGGCGGCGAACGCGGGAGGUGAUCUCCCCGCGCUUCACCAGCACAGCGUCUCCGAGGAGGCCGUCGCCGAGCAGGAGAGCGCGGAGGGGGAGGCCUCUCGAGACGCCGUCGUUGUCGUCCUCGUGAUUGGCGCCCUCGACGUUGGCUGGCUCGACGUCGCCGCGCGAAGCUGCCAGCGGCGCGGCGACGUCCCUGGCCGCCAGAGCAGCACCAACGGGCUGCCACAGCUCCUGGGCGGUGGCGCGCCGCUGGCGCCGCUUAGCCCCCCUGUCCAGCGGAGGCCCGUCCUGCGCGGGUUCCUCGGCGCCGUCCUCGGCAGGGCUCAACGAGCCUGCUCCCGCGAGAGCCUCCCAGCCGCCCACGUCGCCUUCCGCGAACGCAGCCCAGCCGCCACUGGGCGGCGCAUCGGCCUCUCCGACCCCCUCCUCUAUCCCCUGGACUGGCUCACUAGGGCCCGUGACUCCGAUAAGUUGGCAGAUGGCGUCUAG